AUGGCGUUGUCUCUCUUCUGGCCCGGGAAGUAUUUCUUCUACCCCAUUGGCAAUACCUCUGCUGUUUGUCUCACUCGCGACAUUCCUCCCGAGACGUCUGCGAAUAUCCUCCUUCUCGCAUGUGGUGACCCAAGAAACGUGUUGUAUACCAUUUUCUGCGAGACACCUGAUUUAAGCAGGGCUCUGGAUUUCACUUGUUGUGACUUUGAUCCUGGGGUCUUAGCAAGGAAUGUACUCCUCUUGAGCAUGAUCAUCGAUGGCGUUUCUAAGGAGACCACAUGGAACAUCUUCUUCCACAUGUACCUCGACGACGACUCUCAAGCAGCGCUCGUGUCGCAGUGUCAGAAGCUCGCUAUGUACAGCUCGGUCGCGGAUUGGAGGUCUUCACCGUACGGCGCAGUUAUCAGAAUGGGGACAGACCAUACCUUGGCUGCGAUGUGUCGUCAUUGGGAGCUCUACGCAAACUUCUACCACCCGUCGAGGUCGGAGCAGCGGAAGGACCUUCAGAAGAAAAUGGAGGAUACACGGAGGGAGAUCCUCAGCGACACUCCUGUGGUGAACAUGUCUUCGUCCCGGUCCUCUGGCCCUCUCUUAUUACGAUACGACCCUGUUCACGUAGCGAGCCAGCAGUUCCGACGCUACUGGGAGACCGGCACCACGUUCACUGAUGCAACUCAGUUAGCGAACUCUACCCAUCCCAACUCAACCUUCUUCUAUUCUCGCGCACACGAGGGAUUUGACGUCCAUUAUGGCACCGAUCCGAUGAUCCCAUUCCACCACGCUCCCCUCUUUGGCAACGCGAAGGGGACCGUCACCGUCCAGAAUCUGGUCGAGUCCAGCAGGUCGCAGUUCUACGCGUGGUCUGCUGCGUUCAGGACUGCCGUCACAACGUGGAAGGAAGGCCUUCUUGCUAUACGUUUCCUUCUCGGAGAUGCGCUUGCCGUCGCUAGCGCUCUCCAGAACCACUCCAACUCUAGUGUUCAGACGGUACAUCCGAUGCCGCGAGUAGCAGCCUGGACCGCCUGCGUCUUGAAGUUGAAUCCGGAAGAGUACGCUCGUGUCGCUGCCCCUGUGCGCUUCGAAGUCAUCGAUACAUCGAACCUUUCCGAUCAUGUUGGGAUGCUCAACAUCCUCCUCUGCACCGCCCCUCUGCUGGCCCAUUCCCCGUGUUCCGUGCUAUAUACCGAAUCCCUUUUGACCCACACAACCGAUUCUGCCACUGAACUCGAGUCCAAGCUCUUCGCCGAUCUGUCGGUCGUUUCCGUGUUGCUGGGUAUGGCCCCCUUGGAUUCACUAUCCGGGUUCACAAGCUUGUGCAACACGCACGAACAACUAACCUCGCUCACGUUGUCUCCGUCCGACCAUCGACAAUAUCAUCAGAUCAUUACAUGGAGGCAGCCUAGCACCGGCGACCCUUCAUUCAUCCAUGAUUUUACCCUUCCCCCCCUACGCUUCGAUGCCAAUCAGCUCGCCCGACUGUUCUGCGAUAUCUAUGUCCACUUAUUCGGAACAGAGGACCCAGCGCACUUCAUGAACCUGAAGCCCGAGGACAUCGUACGGCUCGGCAGGAAAUUCGCUUGUUUUUGUCCCUCUCGCGAGUCAUUCAUUGUGCUCCUGAGUCUGGUUCACAAUCGCCUCCAAAUAUCAGCAGCCCUAUGGUCCGGCGUCAUGCGAAUCUUCCUCAAUCUGUUAUCGGACGACGCUCUGAGAACACAUCCCUUCGAUCGACUGAACCACCGCGAGAUCCACGCUCAGCUGUACCGGCAUGGCAUUUACUCCGUACCUGAACUCGACAAAGCUCGCAGGCCUAGAGUCGGUCGCCUUUCGCACUGGGCGAACAUUCCUCCUCUCGUUCGAGUCUUCCUCACUGUUCCCCGCAACGAGUUUGCCAAGCUAGAGAGUAUACCGAAUACUCCCUGGCUCCACUGCGUCAUCCGGUAUUCACAAUCCGAGCACGGCUUCCAAUCCGUGGAUGCAGCGUAUGGGACGCUUAUCGACAGGGGUUCAAAGGCUAAACCCGAUCUCUUGUUCCGCGAAGACCCCGAAGGGCACCGGACCCACUGUCCUGUUGUUGUCUCCUUUGUGGUUCCUAGCUGCGUGCUCACCGAGGCAGCGCCAGAGACCAUCGAUAUCAGGCUGUCAGUGCGCACUAAUCCCGGAUCGAACAAGGCCCUUCUGUUCCUCCUAGGUCCCUACAUGGCCGUUUUCCAUGCUUGCUUGGAGGACACCGACCACGUGCACCUCCUUCCGGAGGUACCGCUCUCCCCUCCUGACACUCUCUCCUCGGCGUUUGUCCCCCUUCAUUUUCCAAAGAAACUCUCGGCCAUCGGUCGGCCGAGUCAUUUGGCUGUGGACAUGGACGGUACAGGGAAGCGUAUCGCGUCUUUGACGGCGAGAUUGGACGUUGAAGAUGUCCAGGCCAAGGAGCAAUUUGCGAAGGGCGCGAUGCCUACCGUCACACAAAGCUCUCCGUGCGCCAUGCAGGUUGUCAUCGGCGGUCUCGCCCAGACGCUACUCUACCCUAUUCCUAUCGUCGGAAGCGAGCGCAAAGUACGCCUGGCACGCAAGUCAUCCUACAUCGAGGUGGCUGUCCCUGUGGCCAUUCCCUACCUGCGACCGGAUGGUCAAAGGUUAUGUCCAUUCCCGGUAGUCCGUACGAACGGGUCUCUUUCGCCAUGGAACCUCCAUCGCGUCCCCAUCAAUCGUCUUCCAGUCCUGGAUCUCGCGAAUGUCGAUCGACUCAGGCUAUGGUACGACGCCCACGUUGGCUCUCAGGACACCGAACAGCUAGACCUUUUGACGAACAUCAAGGACAGCAUCCAUCAUGUGAUGACAAAGGCGGCAGGCACACAGGGAACAGAAAAACCGGCAAGGGUCAUCGCGCUACGGGACGACGAAACCCAAGACUGCGACACGAUGCUAUUCGUGAAUAGGAUCCGUUUCGAUCUUUCAUCGCAUACCAUAGUGUGCGAUGCGUUCGUCCUGCCCACUUCGCAUGCCAUCAUGCCUACCAUUUCCCCAUUCAUCGGACAGCUGCUUCAGCGAGGAGUUACAAGCAUCAGGGUGUAUAGAGGGGAGAUGCGAGGUUGGAAACAGUUGCUUCCCGCCCUCGUUGAGCGCUGCCGUACGACAUGGACCCACGGGGCGAAUUGCGAAUACGUCGCUAAAGGGAAGAUCCCGCUCCAACUCAAGACGAGCGCAGGCGAUCCGCUUUGCAGCUGUGGCAGAGGGAAGGAUGUAGACGGGAUGUUGCAUGAUAACCUGUGGAAGAAGUUCGGGCCCUUCGUCACCCGAAUCGCGAUCUCGCCACUCUUUGCCGUCUCGUAUGUGGACCCCGUCUUCACAGGCGGCACGGAAGAUGUCGCUUCCCCGCUGGCUUCAGACGUGAAAGAGACGCUAGCUGAGUGUCACAGGUGUCGAAAGCAAAGGUCAAUCUCCGGAGAGUUGAGGAGAUGCUCGGGAUGUAAGAUAGUGUAUUACUGUUCGGAGGCUUGUCAGAAAAGCGACUGGAAGAGUCAUAAGUUAGAUUGCAACAGAUAG